AUUUGAUAGGUUUCAACCUUCCAGCCGACACUGGAAUUUCCAGACACAUUACGUUUGUUUUGACGGAUUGGCAGGUUUUCGCAACAAAAGACCUCUGAUCUCCACUACCAGGAAGUGAAAUCGGCGGAAAGGAAAUUCACCCGAAAACAGGUGAAGAAGGCAGAAAAGAUGGAAAACCUUCCACGACGCAUCAUAAAGGAGACUCAGCGCCUCAUGCAGGAACCAGUGCCUGGAAUCUCAGCUGUUCCGGAUGAGACAAACGCCAGGUACUUUCAUGUGGUUGUGGCCGGACCAAAAGACUCUCCCUUCGAGGGUGGCAACUUCAAGUUGGAGCUUUUCCUACCGGAAGAGUAUCCAUUGUCAGCACCAAAAGUGCGCUUCAUAACGCGAAUCUAUCAUCCCAAUAUCGAUCGCCUGGGCAGAAUUUGUCUGGACAUUCUCAAAGACAAGUGGAGUCCCGCUUUGCAGAUUCGCACGGUUCUUUUGUCUAUUCAGGCACUCCUUAGCGCCCCAAAUCCCGAUGAUCCACUGGCCAAUGAUGUGGCUGAGUUGUGGAAGAUGAAUGAGGCUGCAGCCAUCCAGAAUGCACGCGACUGGACCAGAAAGUACGCUUCAGCUUAGGUGUGUGGAGGAGGAGCGCGUAGAGAAAAUUUGGCCAGGAAAA